UGACCAUUCCCUAACACCAGGAUGGUAUCGCUUUAUGAUUUUUGAUAAGCCUGCUGAGAUGCCAACCAAGUGCAUAGAGAUGAAUCACUGUGGUACUCAAGCCCCUGUCUGGUUGUCUCUGAGAGAGUCAGAAUCCAUGCCUCGACCUGGUGAGAUCAAACAGUUAACAGCUUGUGCUACAUGGCAGUUUUUCUUCAGUGCUUCAAAAGAUUGCUGUCUUUUCCGGAUCCCUGUCAGUGUGAGGAACUGCGGGGAUUUCUUUGUUUACUUACUGCAGCCCACACAAGGAUGCAUGGGGUAUUGUGCAGAAGGUGCAAAGCUACAGACCUGUGAUCCUGAGAGAAUGGAAAACCAAGGCAUCUGUAGCAGUAACUUGGCUCCUUCAUCGUCUCCAUCUGUGUCACCACCACUACCAGCCAUUCCUGAAGUUGUAGCAGAGUUGAUCAAAAGCAGCAUUUAUCUAAGGUGUACCUUUGACGUUCCUUUUGCAAACAGCUCAGUUGGAUUCAUUGUAACUUGGUCAAGACUUUCUCCUGAUGGUAUCAAAGAAGAACUGAAAUAUGAGACAGCAGCUCAUGCAUUCUCACUUCUAGAACUAGAUGGGAUAAAUGUCAGACUUGGAGACAGGAUCUAUUGUAGCAGCUCUAGUUUUCUCAUGGAGAAGCCAGAUAUACAAAGCUCUUCUGUUGAAAGCAAGGAAUUUUUUGCUGGCAUUAAGAUACAUCCAGAAACAUAUAAUAUAUCAGAAGAUGGGAAGGAAUACAGACUAGCAAUACAAAGUAGUAUUCCUGUUCCUUGUCUUGAAUUCAGCCAUCUUGAAAGUGACUGCAAAAUCUCACUAAUACUAAAUACUGUCGAUAAAGGUAAAGAGCAGUUAGGUUUAAACUUGGCUCUUUCUUCUUGUCACGUGGAUCUUCUGCAGAAACCCUGCAACAACGGAAUCUGUAGUCAAGCUGUAGUUUAUUUCACUGCUGUGACAGACUUUAUGCAGGAUGGAGACAGAAUUACCAGAAUUGCAGUUGAACCUAUAUCCAGUGAAAAUUUUCUGUGGAAUGGCUACGUUCCAGAAAGCACACAGAUUACAGUAAAGGAUCUGCCCACUGCCUACUGCUACUCCUUCACUGACCCUCAUAUAAUUACAUUUGAUGGAAGACUCUAUGACAAUUUUAAAACAGGAACAUUUGUCCUCUAUAAGAGUACAUCUCGAGAUUUUGAAGUUCAUGUUCGCCAGUGGGACUGUGGAAGUCUUCACUACCCAGCAUCCUGUAACUGUGGCUUUGUUGCCAGAGAAGGAGGUGAUAUAAUUGCAUUUGACAUGUGCAGUGGUCAGCUACGUGAGUCACAGCCACACUUAUCUGUAAUAAGUAGAGACACAACAAGAAGCAAUGUCAGAAUCACUGAAUCCUACGAAGGAAGAAAAGUAACAGUUUUGUUUUCUUCUGGAGCUUUUGUUCGUGCUGAUGUGAGUGAAUGGGGAAUGAGCCUAACACUGAGGGCACCCAGUGCAGAUUAUAGACAUACAGUGGGACUUUGUGGCACCUUUGAUGGAAGUGCAGAGAAUGACUACCACACUGCAAAUGGAGUGGAAAUCCCAACCCAUGCUGAUGCUCUUUUCAGUUUUAUGAAGGAAUGGAGAAUUCCGCCAGGAGAGAGCUUGUUUGACAAGACACCUGCUUCUUUAACGUCGUCUAGAAAAAUAGUCUUCUGUGACUGCACACUUGAAGAUGAUGGAUUAUAUCGAUCAGUGAACAAACUUGACAGACUUUCUGUAUCAGAACUUCCUCUGUCUUGUAAAGAUAGUGAAAACAGUAGAUUUAUUUCUUUGAUACCAGGACUGGAUGUCACUGCUGAGUAUCUUGGUCCUCUUGAUCUUGUCAGAGGCUUAAAGAAACGUUCAUCUGCACAUGAAAUAGAUUCAUUCACACUUCUACAGAGGCAGGAUAAUAAAAGCAAACUUCACAAAACAUCAUUAGGAAACACACAUGUCUCUGCAACCUCAGUGGGAAGUACUGGUGUAGAAAAAGAAGGAACUUCAAGCUCAGUCAUUAAAAGAAAUUCUCAUCGUUAUACUGGUCAUCUUCACAAAAGUCAGUCUCUUACAAAUAGAGGGAAACGCCAAAAUUAUUUUGAAUACCAACCAGUAUUUCUAUUCCAAAGCCUUACCCAGACAGGCUUAGAGGGGUAUAGUUAUUUUUUUCCAGAGGACCAUGCCACUGACAAAGACCAAAAGUUUCUUCCUUCUUGGCCGACACCUUCUGGCCUCACCGAGGUUAGGGCUUUGUUUCUCUGCCAGCAGGCAAUAGCUAACUCCACUAUAGGAAGGUCUUGUGGUGAGCUUCUUGGCCAGCGAACAGAGGAUGCAGUCAAUAUGUGUGUUAAAGAUUUGCUCCUGAAAGAUGACCUCAGUUGGGCAGAAGCUUCCUUAGCUCUUCUAGAGAAUGAAUGUGAGAAGAGAGUUUUAGAAGAAAUAUAUUACAACCGACUGGAACUUGCAGGGUUGGUUGAGAGCCUUCUUACUGCACUAAGGUGUCCCCAUCUAUGCAGUGGUAAUGGGGAAUGCACAGAAUGGGGCUGUGCAUGUUUUCAAGGCUACAGCUCAUAUGACUGCAGCAUAUUGUCUGAUCAGGCUCCAGAAAUUACAGAGCUGGAGAAUGCUGGGCUGUGUGAUAUUCGACAGUUUGACUGCACAUCAGUGAGAGCUUUUGGACAUGGCUUCAGGGAGUCAUUGAAUCUGAAAUGUGAAAUUAUCAAAUUACAGUAUGGUGAUAGCCAAUGGAUUCCUGGAGAACCUCAGACUAUGCCAGGUGCCUUCCGAAAUGCCAGGACUGUUGACUGUCAGUUGCCAAAUGAUGGCCAGCAGUCUGAUAUCAUGGAUCUGGUUGAUGACAAACCCAUUGCCAGAUGGCAAAUAAAGAUUUCUAAUGACGGAUUUACUUAUAGCAACUCUAAAACAGUUAUAUUGUAUGAUGGAGCCUGUCAGACUUGUGAACCACAGGAAUCUGCGUUAUGUACAUUAAAGGAAAAAACCUGCAACAUAGAUGGACUCUGUUAUGGUGAAGGUGACACAAAUCCAACCAGCCCUUGCCUACUGUGCAGACCUGACAUAUCAAAGUUAACAUGGUCAGUUGUUGAAAACAACCAGCCUCCAGUGCUUGAAACUUUUCAGGGUAUGCUACAGACUUUUUAUGGAGAAGACUUAGUAUAUCAGUUUUUGGCUUCAGAUCCAGAGGGCUCUGCUAUUCAUUUCACUUUGGAUUCUGGUCCAGAAGGUGCCAGUCUUUCCCCAUCGGGUCUACUUUUGUGGAAAGCUUUGUCAGUGAAUCCCCAAAAAUUAACAUUUUCACUGACAGAUGACUGCAAUGCAAAGACUAAGGUAGAAAUAGAGGUCAGUGUAAAAUCAUGUGAUUGCCUAAAUAAUGGCUCAUGUGUGACAAACAUUAAUUUCCCACCUGGAAGUGGAAGAUAUCUUUGUGUGUGUGUGGCUGGAUUUGAAGGUGAUCUCUGUCAAGUGAAUACUGAUGACUGUAAACUUAACCAGUGUGGUAUUGGCAGAUGUGUGGAUGGAAUAAACAGCUACUACUGUGAAUGUCCACCUGAACUUCAAGGUAAAAAUUGUCAAGAUGAUGUAGAUGAAUGUGUAUCCAGUCCUUGCUUCCCUGGAGUAUUUUGCUUCAAUACUUUUGGUUCAUACUAUUGUGGUCCAUGCCCAAAUAAUCUGCAAGGAAAUGGGAAGUUGUGUUACGAAAGCCUUGAAGAUACUAAUGUUGAAAGGAAGGAUUCCACAGAAGAAGUAGGAGGGAAUAAAGGUUUUCAACACUCAUCAUCUGAGAAGGCUUUAAGCAUCUCAAGCUAUAUUCCCAGUUCUACAGAUGUCCCUGAGAGAUUUAUUUCUACAAAAAUUAUCAAUAGCAGCACUCCACCAGCCUCCACAGUAAAAGCAAUCACUGUUUGGAAGUCGGUUCUUUCUCAGAGAAGUGCUUCUGUACAGCCUGCUCUCCCUGGGAGCAUUGCUCAUGCUCUCAGUGCCAUCAGUGGUCAUGUUGCUGACGUGGAAGCGAGUCCUUCAGUACAUGCUGUGAUGACUGCACCUUCAAGGACCCAUGCUGUAUCACCUGAGAAAAAAACAAGGGCACAAGUUGAGGCCUACAGUUACUCUGAGACCAGCAGGAAGACUUUUGGUAGCAACAAGAUAAAUAUAAGCAAAGGGCUUUCUUUGCCAAGUAAAGAAUUCAAAGGUGAAAAUACUUACAGAGCUCAGCACCUGUUAGCCAAGCAUAAAGCAAGUCCUUUACCUUUUGUCCUUGUUGAAGUCACUGUUCCACCAAAAGUGCUUCCUGAAGAACUGAGUGAAAUAGUGAUUCCUGAAGGAGCAACUUGUAUCAAUUUGCACUGUUUUCCUGGUGUACCUUGUGAGCCAAGUCAGGAUGGAAGCAUCAAAUGUGGUCAUUGUCCUUAUGGUUAUUAUGGAGAUGGCAUCACUUGCAGAGCAAGAUGUAGACAAACAUGUGGCAAAAAUAUGGAGUGUGCGGCACCCAAUAUUUGCAAAUGCAAGCCUGGUUAUGCUGGUUAUAACUGUCAGGCUGCUGUAUGCAGACCCGAUUGCAAAAACCAUGGGAAGUGCAUUAAGCCAAAUGUCUGUGAAUGUCUACCAGGAUACAGUGGCUCUGCUUGUGAGGAAGCACACUGUAAACCCCCCUGUCAAAAUGGAGGCACAUGCUUGGCCAGAAAUCUCUGCACCUGCCCAUACGGUUUUGUGGGACCAAGAUGUGAUACAAUGGUUUGCAACAGGCACUGUGAAAACGGUGGUGAAUGUCUUACUCCAGACAUCUGUCAGUGUAAACCUGGGUGGUAUGGACCUACAUGCAGUACAGCGAUGUGUGACCCUGUGUGUCUCAAUGGUGGUUCCUGUACUAAGCCAGAUGUUUGCAUCUGUCCAUAUGGAUUCUUUGGUGCCCGUUGUCAAAAUGCUGUCUGCAGCCCGCCUUGUAAGAAUGGUGGUCAUUGCAUGAGAAAUAAUGUCUGUACUUGUCCUGAAGGGUACACAGGCAAAAGAUGUGAAAAAAGUGUCUGUGAGCCAAGGUGCAUGAAUGGAGGAAGGUGUGUAGGGCCAAACGUUUGCUCUUGUUCUUCAGGAUGGAGAGGAAAAAGAUGUAACACUCCAAUCUGUCUUCAGGAAUGUAAGAACGGUGGGGAAUGUAUCGGACCCAGUUUGUGCCAUUGUCCUCCACAGUGGGAUGGAAUCCAGUGUCAAACUGCUGUGUGCAACCAGAAGUGUCUGUUCGGAGGCAAGUGUGUGUUGCCUAACGUGUGCUCUUGUCGUCCUGGUUAUACUGGAGUCCUCUGCGGGAAGAAAAUUCAGGUACAAAGGCAUCACAGUUGAAGAAAAGAGGUGUAUCCAUUAACUUGCAAAGCUUCAUGGGUGUAUGAGACUUGAAAAUAGCAAGAGGGCUGAAGGCAAUUACAGAGUUUAUUUAAAGGAAAGUAAUAGCCAUUUGAAUUAAUGUAAUAUC